UUCAUUUCUGCAAAACCCCAUGGCAUCUUGCGUGUCUUGGAUGACCAGACUUCACUGCCUCAGGCCACUGACCACACUUUCCUGCAGAAGUGUCAUUACCAUCACGGGGACAGCCCUUGGUACACCAAACCCAAGCUACCUCUGCCAGUCUUCACUAUCAAACACUAUGGGGGCCCUGUCACCUAUCAGGUCCACAAGUUUCUUGCUAAAAACCGUGACCAGCUGCGUCCUGAGGUGCUGGAUAUCUUCUCUCAGAGCCGCCUCAAGUUGGUGUCUCACAUUUUCCAGAAGGCUAAGGCUGCCUACGAUCAGCAAAGGGAGCUGGGGAGCAGAGGGAAAGGGCUCAAGCCUCAGGAGCCAUGCCUUCUUCAUUCGGUGCAUCACCCCUAAUCCCAGAAAGGUAUUCCUGAGGGAGAAGGCCAGGCAGCUGCUGGAGAGACGACGGAGCCAGAGACAGACCUGGGCCAUUGUAACCCUCCAGAGGAACUUCCACCGCCUCCUCCACCGCAGGCGCCUCUGCGUUCUCCAGGAAAAAGUCACCAUCAUCCAGGCUUACUUCCGUGGUUACCAGGCAAGCCCUCGGAACAUCCCAUCUAGCUGUGCCCUCCUGCAGCACAGACAGGCAGGAGGGAGAGAGGGACAACCUCCUUUUCUACCUGGGAGCAGGCAGCAGCAGGAGUUUGAAGAAGGGAACCAAAGGAGGAAGUCCCUGGCCAGUGGUGACACGGAGAACGGUCCCAGCCCAGGAAUGGAUGUGGGACUGCUGGAGAUCCCUGCAGAACUUGCUGCCCUCUUGCACUUAGCUGAAGAUCAAUACCAAGCACAAGCCAAGCAGAUAACUGAGACGUUGCCUCCAGAGGUCAAAGUCAAAGAUGAUCUUUCCCUCCCGCCUGCCAUCAACAGCUACCCCUUCUCCACCUUCAUCAAGUCCCACUUCCAGAAUACAGAUUUCCCUGCCCCUGGUCAGCCUCUUCAUCACCCCUUAACCCAUCUGGAAGUUGAACACCGGGAGAGCGCGCUUGAGAUCAACAAACUGAUUUUGCGGUUCAUUGGUGACAAGAACCUCCCUGGCUGGCAGGAGGUGCUUCUGGGCAACUACAUUGUUGGCAGAGGUUUGAAGAACCUGUCCCUGCGUGACGAAAUCCUCAGCCAGGUGGUCAGCCAGGCAUGGAAGAACCCAGACAUGGAGCAGGGCCGGCGAGCCUGGGUCCUCAUGACAACCUUGCUGAGCUCCUUUGCUCCCUCGCCAGCGCUGGAGAAGCCAUUACUGAAAUUUGUCUCAGACCAUGGCAUGGAAGGUUACAAUGCUGUUUGCCAACGCAAGAUCUUGACAACAAAACCACACACAGAGAUUGACCCAGCAGCCUCCCGAGCCUACCCUCCCACUCAGCUGGAGUGGACUGCAAACCAGAGAAAGGGGAAGAUGGUGCUGGAUGUCCAUACCUUUAAUGAGGAGAAGUUCUCAGCUGAAGUGGAGUCCUGGAUGACCGGGGAGCAGUAUGCAGCCUGGCUCCUGAACGCGAGGGGCUGUGAUAAGAACACUCGAGGAUGGUCUGUCUCCAUGUUCACUGGUGACACGUGUCAGAAUCUACUGGGCUGUGACUUUGUGCUGGACCUCAUUGGAGAGAUGGAGGAGGCCAGGAGCCCCAGUAACUCCUCUCGAUCCUCAGUCACAUACCCCCUCGCCCCUGAACAGGACUUCCAGAACUCUAACCUGGAUCUGUGA